AAGGAAAUUUCAAAUUUUUGCAAGUUUUUUCUCUCUCCCAGUACCUGCAUGCGAGAAAUGUUUAUUGAGUCCACGUGAAGAUGAGUGGUUUCUUAUAUAGAGGAAGACACUGUGGUGGGGAUAAGCGGACCAGGCCAAAGAGUAUUGGACCUAUGACAGAUUUCCCGUGUGAUGAAACGGACAAAGGCCCACCUGUACAGAUGCACAGCCUCAGAGAGUUUGAGCAGCACCUGAACGACCUGAAGAAGGAGAACUUCAGCCUGAAGCUGAGGAUCUACUUCCUGGAAGAGAGGAUCCAGCAGAAGUACGAGGAGAGCAGCAAUGAUGUGCACAAGAGGAACAUAGAGCUGAAGGUUGAAGUGGAGAGUCUGAAAAAAGAACAUGAGGACAAACAGCAGCUUCUGGACAAAGCCCUGUCAACGGCAGAGAGCCUGUCCAAUCAGAAUGAAGCAGAGCUGCAGCGCCGUUUGGCAGAGCGGCAGGAUGAGAUCAGCCACAUGCAAGAAAUCCUAGAGACCAAAGUCGAGCUCCUGCAAGAGGAGGCCCAGCUAGCUCGAGAUGAGGCUGAGAAGAUGGCGUCUCUGGCAGACUCUGAGUCCCAGCGCUGCUUGGCCCUGGAGAGACAGAUGGUGGUGAAGAUGGAGGAGUGUGAAAACUCCCUGGAAAGGCUCGAUCAGCAAACCCUGGCUGAUAAAGAAAGGGUAAUUGAGGCGUUAACGCAGCAAAAUAAUUCACUCAGCCUCCUGGUUGAGGAGCUGGAGGUUAAAGUCCAUGACCUCUCCGCCUCCCUCCAGAAGAAAGAAAGGGAAUCCAAGUUCCUGCAGAGUGACAUGAGUCAGGAGAAACAACGCAUCCAGACAGAAAUGCAGGCUGUGGUUCUUCAGCACUGCUGCUCGCACGCAGGAUCAUGUGAUUCACUGAUUCCAGGGAGGCAAGAGGCCCCCCCCCCCCCUUCGUUUUGUCUGACGUGCUUGUGAAGGCCAGAUAGGGACUGGGUGCCCCUGGGAAAUUCUUUCUCCGGGAAAGGAAUGAACCCAAUCUAGCAGACAAUAAAGUGAA